UGUUUGGAGAGGGUGAAUCGGAGGGAAAGGGGGGCGAAAUAGACCCCCAUCAACUGCCCCUACCCCCAGCUGAAAGAAAAGAAUCUAACGCAGCUCUGGGUCGCGGUGGACCAAAAUUGAAACGUCUUUAAAGCGCAAGUUUAGAUUUUCUUUUUCGUGCGCUCGCGGAGCGUUUACGCACGGACGCCGUCGACAUGCCACGGGUAACAGUUUUCUCCAUCUGAAAACUUCUGUACGAGGAGGUAUUUGUGGGGAGAUUUCCACACUUUUACAUGGAUGCAACAUGGGACACCUUUAAGAGGAUUUAUAUGGUCGAACCGCAUCUGCAUUUGUCCGAACGAGAGUAACUUGGAUUGGCGUGUGGAUAAUUUGGUGCAUAAUUGCCAAACGUCCAGUGUGCCGACCUCUUGUCUCCAGCCUGUGGGGCCGUGGCUCUCUAGCCAGGUCAAAGGUCAUCUGCAAAAUGAUGCCAGCCGGCCACCUGCCCUACCUGCCCACCUUGCUCUCUCUGGGCGCCCUGCUGCUCUCUCCGCUGCUUACCGGAUCACUGGCCUUAUCUCCACCCAGGUUUACAAAAGUACCUGUGGACAUGAUUGGCGUCUCUGGGGGUGUUGUGUCCUUCGUAUGCCAAGCCACAGGUGACCCCAAACCAAGAGUAACCUGGAACAAGAAAGGAAAGAGGGUCAACUCGCAGCGCAUCGAGACAAUAGAAUUUGACGAAGGUGCGGGAGCUGUUCUGAGGAUCCAGCCUCUCCGUGCGCCUCGAGACGAGAACAUCUACGAGUGUGUGGCGGAAAACAGCGAAGGAGAAAUCAAUGUCCAAGCUAAGCUGUCAAUCAUUAGAGAGGACCUACUUCCUGCGGGCUUCCCCAACAUUGACAUGGGCCCUCAGCUGAAAGUGGUUGAGCGUACGCGUACAGCGACCAUGCUUUGCGCCGCCAGUGGUAACCCAGACCCCGAAAUCACCUGGUUUAAAGACUUCCUCCCCAUCGACCCAAGCACGAGUAGUGGCCGAAUCAAACAUCUGAGAUCAGAGGGUACUCCUAUCCGAGGUGCCCUUCAAAUCGAAAACACGGAAGAAACGGACCAGGGGAAAUACGAGUGCGUGGCAUCUAACGUGGAAGGCGUCCGAUACUCUUCCCCUGCCAACCUGUAUGUGCGAGUUCGACGCGUGCCACCAAGAUUCUCCAUCCUCCCAACAAGCCACGAGAUCAUGCCAGGCGGUAGCGUCAACAUCACCUGCGUAGCUGUGGGCUCGCCCAUGCCCUACGUCAAGUGGAUGCUUAACUCUGAAGACCUGACGCCUGAGGAUGAGAUGCCAGUAGGCAGGAACGUUCUGGAAUUAAACAGUGUCCGCGAGUCAGCCAACUAUACCUGUGUGGCCAUGAGCAGCCUGGGCAUCAUUGAGGCUGUGGCUCAAAUAAUCGUCAAGUCCUUGCCAAAACCUCCAGGUGCACCUGUCGUAACAGAAACUACCGCCACAAGUAUCACCAUCACCUGGGACAGUGGCAACCCUGAGCCUGUCUCCCAUUACAUCAUUCAGUAUCGCGCCAAGUCUCCUGAGAGCAAGUUUGAGAUCGUGGACUCCAUCACAACCACACGUUACAGUAUCGGAGGACUUUCUCCAAACACUGAUUAUGAGAUCCGCGUGUCAGCCUUUAAUACUAUUGGACAGGGCCCGCCCAGUGAACCUGUUGAGGCUAGAACUGGGGAACAAGCUCCUGCCAGCCCACCACGGAAUAUCCAAGCCCGUAUCAUCUCUCAGAACACCAUGAUGGUCCGCUGGGAUGAACCAGAGGAACCCAAUGGACAGAUCAAGGGUUAUCGGGUCUACUAUACCAUGGAUCCUUCUCAGCCCAUGAGCAUGUGGCAGAUCCACAAUGUACAGGACAGCGUGAUCACCACCAUCCAGAGUCUGGUGCCCUCAGAGACCUACACCAUCAGAGUGUUGGCCUUCACGUCCGUAGGAGAUGGACCCUUCUCAGAUCCCAUUCAUGUCAAAGUGUUACAAGGAGUUCCUGGACAGCCAAACAACUUCCAGGUCGGUGAGGUUUCAGACACAAGCGUUGAGCUUACAUGGGAACCGGCAUUUGAAAAAGAGGGAAUCAUCAGUUACGAACUGCAUUACAAAGAGGGCAAUCAAGGACUUCAGGUAAAGAAAACAUUUGGUCCAACCUCUUCCUAUGUGGUGGAGGGUCUGCGUGCAAAUGCAGAGUACUACUUCUCUCUGGCCGCCAUCUCCAACAAAGGCAUUGGAGCCUUCACCAACAAAAUAUUCCAAAGGACUUCGCAAGCCAAGCCCUCCGCCCCCCCUCAAGACAUUAAGUGCACCAGCUCCAGCUCCACCACCCUGCUGGUAAGUUGGCGCCCUCCGCCGGUCGAGAGCCAGAACGGGGCGCUAGUCGGGUACAUAGUGCGCUACGUGGUGGUAGGGGCCGGGGCAGAGGUCAUCUCAGAGCCCGUGGAGGAGCCAGCGGUACCGUCCACCUCCAGCCAGAUUCUGCUGCAGCGUUUGGAGAAAUGGACCAUGCAUCGAGUCACCGUGGCGGCCACCACCAGCGUGGGUCCGGGCCCUGAGAGCCAGCCUCUACUUUGCCGCACGGACGAAGAUGUGCCCGGGGCCCCCCCUCGCCGCGUGGAGGUAGAAGUCCUCAACUCCACUGCCAUCAAGGUGAUGUGGCGCUCCCUGUUGCCAGGGAAACAGCACGGGCAGAUCCGCGGCUACCAGGUGCACUACGUCCGCGUUGAGAAUGGCGAAUCCCGUGGCCUGCCCCUCAUCAAGGACGUCAUGCUCGCCGAUGCACAGGAGAUGGUCAUCGGGGGCUUGCAACCUGACACCACCUACUCCAUCACCGUGGCAGCCUACACCACAAAAGGAGAUGGUGCCCGCAGCAAACCCAAACUGGUGGUGACUAAAGGAGCAGUGCCAGGGCUUCCCAUUCUCUCAGUCAACCAAAUCUCUGAGACUUCUGCUUUAGUGCGCUGGGAACCCCCAGAGUUUAUCGCUCCUGGUCUCGAAGUGCAGGGCUAUCGGCUACAGUUUGGCCGAAAGGACAUGAGCCCUUUGGCCACACUGGAAUUCGGUCCUCAGGAACUAGAAUAUUCCAUUAGCAAUAUCCACCGAGGGGCAACGUACGUCUUCAAAGUCUCCGCCAAGUCUAAGUCGGGAUUCGGCGAAGAAGCUACACGAGAGCUAAGCGUCCCGGAGGAGGUACCUCGAGGGUACCCUCAAAUAACUGAACGAUCCAACAUUACCUGCUGCUCGCUUCAGUUCGCCUGGCUACCUCCAGUGCUAGCCGAACGCAACGGCGCUAUAAAGGAAUACACGCUGGCAUAUCAAGAGGCCGGUGCUGCAGGUGGACCGAAGGAAUUGCGUCUGCCAGCAAGCGAGAAUAGCUACACCCUCAACAGCCUGAGGCCCAAUGUAGUGUACGAUGUGAAAAUUCGAGCACACACCAGUGUAGGUCCAGGGCCCUACAGCCCGUCGAUCCAGUAUCGAACAGUGGCCUUCGAAGCAGAUGUUCCCAAGAAUUUCACAGUGAAGCUGGUAACCAAGACGACGGCGCUGCUCACCUGGAAGUUUUCCGAUAGUCGUUCCCCGUACCACUGCAACAUCGAAUACAAUCGACAAAAGGUUGCAGUUGAUGCUAGGAUGACCAAAACGCUCAUUACCAACCUGCGGCCCAACACCACCUAUGAGUUCAGAAUCACGUGCCAGGAGAGCAGCGAGGGUGGACCCAAACACAAGCUUGUCGCGAGGACAGCGCCACCUAUUCUGGUCCGAAAGCCCGAGUUGGACCAGAAAAGAGAGCCAGACAACACCCUGACAAUUCUCUUCCCACUGCUGGAAACCAAAGACAUGAUCAAGGUCGUCUAUGUUGUCGUCGUUCCACUGAAGAAGGGUAGAGGGCCAAUCAGACACAUUAAAACUCCUGAUGAGCUGGACCUUGAAGAGAUUUUGGGCGAGAAAAGACUCAGUCAACGUCAUGCCCGAACCACCCGUCAACUCAAGCAGGUGGAUGGUAUGAGGCCCUACAUCGCUGCCAGCUUCAAGCCCUCAUUCAUGCCACCAUCAUUCACCCUGGGCAACCAGAUGGUGUACAGCGGCUUUGAAAACAGGGCGUUGGAUCCUGGUCAGGAGUAUGUCUUCUUCAUCCUAGCUGAGCUCAACACCACCGGAGGAAAAAUGUUUGCUUCCAGCCCCUACACAGACCCCAUCACGGCCCCUGACGUGGAUCCUCAGCCAAUAGAAACUGGAGGAGAUGGUCUCAUCUGGGUGGUGGGACCCGUUCUCGCUGUAGUCUUCAUAAUCUGUAUUGUGAUUGCGAUUCUCCUCUACAAGAACAGCAAACGGAAAGAGUCGGAGCCACGCACAAAAUGCCUGCUGAAUAAUGCAGAUAUCACGCCGCAUCACCCGACAGACCCUGUAGAGAUGAGACGCAUCAACUUCCAAACUCCAGGUAUGAUGAACCACCCUCCUAUACCUAUUGCGGAGCUGGCCGAGCACACGGAGGUACUGAAGGCCAACGACAACCUGAAGCUCUCCCAGGAGUACGAGUCCAUCGAUCCGGGCCAGCAGUUCACCUGGGAACAUUCCAACCUGGAGGUCAACAAACCCAAGAACCGCUACGCAAACGUCAUCGCCUAUGACCACUCCCGCGUAAUCCUGGCUCCCAUUGAAGGAAUAACAGGCAGUGAUUACAUCAACGCUAACUACAUUGAUGGCUACAGGAAGCAAAACUCAUACAUAGCCACACAGGGUCCACUGCCCGAGACAUUCGGAGACUUUUGGAGGAUGGUGUGGGAGCAACGAGCUGCUACUGUUGUCAUGAUGACGAGACUGGAGGAGAAGUCACGGAUAAAGUGCGAUCAGUACUGGCCCAGUAGAGGGACGGAGACCUACGGUAUGAUUCAAGUGACGCUCCUGGACACCAUCGAACUUGCUACCUUCUGUGUGCGCACCUUCUCCCUACACAAGAACGGAUCCAGUGAAAAGCGAGAGGUGCGACAGUUCCAGUUCACCGCAUGGCCGGACCACGGCGUUCCUGAGUACCCCACUCCGUUCCUGGCUUUCCUGAGGAGGGUGAAGACCUGCAGCCCACCUGAUGCCGGCCCCAUCAUCGCCCACUGCAGUGCUGGCGUUGGUCGUACGGGUUGUUUCAUCGUGAUUGACGCCAUGUUGGAGCGCAUAAAACACGAGAAGACGGUGGACAUAUAUGGUCAUGUGACCCUCAUGCGCUCCCAGAGGAACUACAUGGUGCAGACAGAAGACCAGUACAGCUUCAUACACGACGCCCUGCUGGAGGCCGUUUCCUGCGGCAACACAGAGGUGGCGGCACGAAGCCUCUUCUCGUACAUCCAGAAGCUGGCUCAGGUGGAGACCGGAGAGCAUGUCAGCGGCAUGGAGUUGGAGUUUAAGCGGUUGGCAAACUCUAAAGCUCACACGUCUAGAUUUAUAAGUGCCAAUCUGCCAUGUAACAAGUUUAAAAACCGGCUGGUCAACAUCAUGCCGUACGAGACCACUCGAGUCUGCUUGCAGCCAAUCAGAGGCCUGGAGGGUUCUGACUACAUCAACUCCAGCUUCAUCGAUGGAUACAGACAACAGAAGGCUUAUAUAGCCACACAAGGCCCAUUAGCAGAAACCACUGAGGACUUCUGGAGAAUGAUGUGGGAGAACAACUCCACCAUCGUGGUGAUGCUCACCAAACUGAGAGAGAUGGGCCGAGAAAAGUGUCAUCAGUACUGGCCCGCAGAGCGUUCUGCUAGAUAUCAGUACUUUGUGGUGGACCCCAUGGCGGAGUACAACAUGCCACAGUAUAUACUCAGAGAGUUUAAAGUGACAGACGCUCGGGAUGGCCAAUCCAGGACUGUACGGCAAUUCCAGUUCACAGAUUGGCCAGAACAAGGGGUGCCCAAGUCCGGAGAGGGCUUCAUAGAUUUUAUUGGACAGGUGCAUAAAACCAAGGAGCAAUUUGGGCAGGACGGGCCUAUUUCUGUCCACUGCAGUGCUGGUGUGGGUCGAACUGGCGUCUUCAUCACGCUAAGCAUCGUGUUAGAGAGGAUGCGCUAUGAAGGAGUGGUAGACAUCUUCCAGACAGUCAAAAUGCUGCGAACGCAACGGCCAGCAAUGGUGCAAACAGAGGACGAGUACCAGUUUUGCUACCAGGCGGCUCUGGAAUACCUUGGAAGUUUUGAUCACUAUGCAACGUAAAAAGCCAUUAUUUUUGCCCCUAUCCCUCAAGCCCCAUCCCCCCACAGCCUCCUGAGCCAUAGAAACUUGCUUGAAAAAUGUUAAAACAAUGACAAUUAUACAAAAUUCAAAUUGAGAGAAAUUUUCAGCCAAUCGUCUUUUUGGAACCAAUCAAAAACCAAUUGUGAGUAAUCCUAAUUGGACAGCAACACUGGAGAAGCAUGCAAAAGGAUCCCACUAGAAACAAAUCCCUCUACAUCCCAAACUAAUGAGGAGGAACCAGAUGUAUUGGCUCUGGCUGUAGGGUGGGAAUGAUCUAGGUGUCAGACCACUAACCUAACCUCAAGUGUUCUGACGUUGAGGACAUACGUUGUUUCUUUUUUAAACUAACUCUAUUAACGUGCUAUUAAAAUGAAGGAAAAACUUGUUGGCCAAAGUCAAAACUUGCCCGCAAAUAAACUAAACGGAUAGUUGUUGAGCAGCUGAAACUGGUUAGGUGAUUGGUUGAGAUUCCUCGUUUACCGAGAUGGAAAAAAGCAAAUGCGCAGUUUCCAAAUCUUCAUUACCGUUUUCAAAGAAAGAAUAUCUGUCUGUUUAACUAUGGACUACUUUGACGUCCUGGAGAGCCUUCCUUAUUGGCCAUCAUAAGGGUACAAACCAUUUUUAAAAGACUUCUUGUGCUUCUCACGUUAUGGGUUAUUCUCUAAGCCUCUCCUAGUGACAUGUUGCCAUCCGGACAAAAUUGGGAGCCACUUAUGAAGUAAUUCUAGGCAAACCGUUCAUCCAAGUAACUCCUCUCGAAACCACUAGAGCUGACAAGAAUCUCCAACAAGAAUGAACCAUGCAAGGUGUUGAGGCAUUCAAGGAAGCAGUUGCAUACCGUUUAAAUUGGAUCCCUUACCGCAUCUGUUUCCUUUGCUCUUGGGGUGCAGACAGUUAAUCGGUGUAGCUCCAUCUUCAUCCUCCUGUAGGCAGGAAGAAUUGGUUGCGUUAGCUGCAGAUUUGGACCAGAGAAACCACCAACGAUCACUUGAGUUUCUUCUGUGACUUCAACCGGUACAUUUGGACUUGUUUCUCAGUUGACAAUGCACCACGUAUUGGAUGCAGUCACCACCGAAUAGCGAUAUGUCGAUACUUCUUGUGCAUUGCCAUUGUUUCAAGCAAUUUUUUUGUCUCAACUGAUUUUUCUCUCCACUCCGGAUACCAAACAUGCUGCUUUUGCUCCAUUAUGCUGUACGUGUACAUGUGAAGAUUCAAACUUAACGGACAGUAUAUGACUCGAGUGAGUGAGAGUGUGAGCCUGUGUAUUGGUCCCACAUUUCCAUCCAUUUCUCGACGCCCCAAGGAUCUUCUAAAGGAUGAAACCAUGGACAAACUUAUCUUGGGGAAAGGUGUCCACUGCACUGUGCUGCCCCGUUAAAAUCCUAUGGUUAAAUAUUCUCAAAAUGUGAUUUCAUCAUCAUGGCCGAACAUCCAAUGGAUAUUUUUUUAUUUGUUGGUUUGUUUUGGGGAGUUACAAGCAAGAAACGGGCAAUCAUGAUACAUUUGCGACAUAAAAAUAUUGGUACAAUUAUCUUGCGCGUUGUGAAUCUUCAAAUGUGUUGUUUAGGGUGGGAGUAGACUACACGCUCAUGCAUAUGCAUAUGAGGGGGAGGAGUCUUUCCCCCACUGAUUGGCUAUACUGGUGAAUGCUUGAAUUAUGGAUUCUGAUUGGUGAGAGGAUGAAAGGAGCCGUGUGUAAUCUUAUUUCCAAAAAAGCCUUAUUCUUAUUACAUCAUAUGAAAUAAAUUGUAUUAUUUUGAUUAUCUUAACAGAUAUUUGAUUUCUUGGUUGUUGUUGUUGUUAUUGUUUUUCUUUCAACAAAAAUAAUGUACUCAUUUUUUUUAAUUAGCAAAACAAAAUCAUGGUCAUAUUAUGUUAAAAGACAUUCUAUUUUUUCACUGUAGAAAUGUUACGUGAGAUGUGUUUGUGUGUAUGUAAACAGACACACGAUCACAUAUAUUUAAAUGCAGAAUAUAUAGAUUUAUCCAAAUCGUCAGAUCACAGGAAAGGAAUAUCCUUUUCUGUCUUUAUAUAUAUAUAUAUAUAUAUAUAUAUAUAUAUAUAUAUAUAUAUAUAUCACCAUGAAUUGAUGAUUUGCUCAUAUAAAAUCAUGCAUUCUUUCUUUUUUUUAUUACUUGAGGAAUUGCAUUGCAAAAGUGCAGAAAUUUCCAGGCCCAGGGCCAAAGAGCCUUUGACUUCCUGUCGCCCCAUAACGAAGUACAGUUUCGAUUACCAUUGUGAUUUGGCGGUAGGCCUAUUAUUAACUGAAGUAUUAAUUUUAUAAAAGGUGUAAAACUGGUUUACUAAACAUUAAAUAAAAAAAAUAAAUAAAUAAAAAAAAGUAUGUUGUUAUCGUCCGUCUCUAUGAAAUUUUAAUUUACGUUUUUUUGAUGUUUUUCCAAACUUUUCCAUCUCUAUGAAAUCUUCAUUUAAGUUUCUUACGUUUUUUUGGAAACUUUUUAUUUUAUUUUUUUUACUUUUCAAUUUUACUUUACUGUUUGUUAAAUAUCAGCUGUGAUCCUGAAUAUAAUGCCUGUAAAUAAACAAAUAUAUAUAUUAUAUGUAUUUGUAUAAUUUGACCCUCAAGAUUUCUGUCUUUGAACAGUACGGAGAUAAAAUUAAAUGUUUAUGCUAAUGGGAAUACCUUCCACAGUUUUGAAAGAAGCUUUGUCUUACACUAACAGCUCUUUAUAUCCCUUUAUUUUGCUUUUUUAUGAAACACAUUUUUUUCUUAUCUUCCCGCCACAUUCCUCGAGCCCAGUGGUGAGAGAAAUAUCUAGUGUUCUCCUUGUGUCGUGAGUCUUUGGGCAUCAAUUUUAUUUUUCAUUGGUCUCUGUAAUCUAAAUGGGUUAAUCACACGAAAACCUGUCCAGGUCACAUUUCACCCUAAAAAAGAAAAAAAAAAGAUAUUUUGCAUAGUGUUUUCAUGACAGUAAAUCACAUUUUCCACCCAAUUCUCAUUACUGUAAUCCAUCUCUGUGAUCGUAAUUCAGUAGUUUUACUGUUAUAGUACAAUUAGCAUAAAGGAAGUACAUAAAUCCAAUUUAAAUAUUUUUAUGCAUUUAUUUGUUUAGUUUUUUUGCAUUACGGUAAUGAGAAAUGGAGUGAAAAGGUGCUUAAUUGACAUUAUACAAUGGCACAAUGAAAACAAUCUUAACAGUUGAAAAUAAUUGGCUCCAUUUUAUAUAUGCAAAAUCCAAUUUCUUAUCAAAUAUGACUUGGACAUGUUUUGGGCUUCUCCCAAAAAUCAACCCCAAUUUUACCCAUACCAAGCCUGUUGAUUUUUCGUUUUAAUCUCAUUCCGAGUAAUUCUGUUUGAUUUGGAUGAUGAGUUUGUGAUGUAUGCCCAGUGCCUAUAAAAUGCCAUAUGAACCGUGAGAACAAAUUGCCUUGAAUGGUUGCGUGUUUGGUGAUUGGCUUCCCUACAUCGUAGCUAGCUAGCAUAAGGACACACGAUACAACAGGGCUCCUCUCUCACCACUGCCCAUGUUUCAUAUUUUAAGCCAUUUAUUCUUUUUAAAUAAUAAUUGGUAGGUCAUUACAAGGCUCUAGAAGAUUACAGAUGCAUGCCAUGUUUAGUUUUAUUUUUUACUUUGGGGAUUAUUUGUUAAGGGACGAAGGACGAGAGCCGCGAGAACUUGGAAUCUGGAAAUUCCAGCGCUGCCUUUUAAACUGUUAGGAGUUGUGUGUGUUUCUAAAGAACUAUUCCUCGGGAAAGCAAAGAACACUUGUGUGAUUGGACUUUACGGACUGCUCAAGAAAAACUACAAUGGCUUGGAGGUGCUUGGAAGUUCAAACAAUGUCAAAACGUUUCAUCCACACGCAAGGACCUCAGACGAAAGGAGCCAAACCAACAAGACAUUGGGGUUAACGUAUUAGGGUACUUAAAAUGGAGAACCAAUGUACAAAAAAUUGAACGUAUUAACACAAUGGCCAACAAAAAGAAGAGAAAAAAGCCAAACUCGAACGUAAAAAUGGUUUUUCUUUGUACGAAGGCCAAGUGCUUUCGCUUUCAAACUGUUACUUCUGAUGGACACAAUAAUUGGUUUGAAACCACUGUGUAUGUAGAUAUGUUGACUUUGUAUUAAAGAAAUGUUGU